AUGGUCACUCUCUUCUCCCAGGAGACAGGCCUUCGGGCUUCGUUGGGUGUAUUUAUACUGAGUUGUACAGUUCUCUCCACGAGUUAUAACACUACCUUUGCCUUUGAUCAUCCUGUCAAGACAGCUAUCCUUACAUGUUACCUUGCUGCGUUCACGCUCUUCAUCCUAAGCUUCUUCAUACCUACGGAAAUAAAAUCGUCUUCCCCGCAAAAGUACACGUCCAUACCUCUCACCGAACGCGACGAGUCCCUCGAGGAGGCAUCCUUGUCAUCCAACCUCAAUGGCGGCCAUUUUCCGUCGACGCGAAAAUUCAAUCGGAGACGGUGGGCGAAGGUUCUCUUGCUGUCGGCGGUGGGCUCUAUAAGGGUGGCGUUGUAUCGCGAAUUCACCAUCGAUGACGGGUGUACACCGGCCGGCUACACCUGGGCGAUCCCCUUCCUAGUCGCCCUAUACGACUACAUUCGCAACCAGCGUGCCCGACCGACUCCCAAAUGGACCGAACCCGACGGACCUUCGAAUGUGCUGCUCCGCAGCCUCAUCAACUUCGUCAGUCGCGUGCACUUUUACGUCUGUCAUACGCGCGUUCGAUAUCUGAUAUCGACUGUUCUCCUUCUGAUCGGGGGCAUGAUGACGAGUGAUUUCGAGAAAGGUCGGCAGUCAACCUUCAUCUGCCCCAUCACCUCAGGCCAUUAUCCGCGCCUCCGCAUGUUCAAAGUGCUCAGCACACUCCUCGACUGUGUGAUUUUGAUUGGCGCUGGCGAAUUGGCCCCCAAAGGCGGACGGUCGAGAGACGGUAGAGGGAGAAAACAAUCGUUGAUUUCGUGGGGGUUGGGCUUUCUUGGAGUCGCCUUGGUUUGGACGACCACUGAUAUUAUUGCCCAAAAGACGAGCUCGAUAUGGGAUGAUGGUGGCUUUGUCAGUUCUCACUUCCUGCGGAGCUCGGUCUGUCAAGGGCUCUUGGUGACUUUGGUGGUCGUGUCUGCAUCCCAGCUUAUUCCAUCCUACGGCGCAGUUGGGCUCGCCACGCUAGCCGGCUUUAUAUGUAUCUAUUUCACAUGGUCCUCGGCCUUGUUCAACGGACAGCAGCCCUUUCCGUUGAUUUUCCCUUCAUAUGCUCUGUUUUCGCUCCUAUCAGUCUUUCUGAGCGUCAUCGUGUUGUUGGCUGGCCGAACAGCCUGCGGUGAUGAGCCCGAACCGCUUCAUGCCUUCAACAUCGGUAUCCGGGCGUUCACCAUUUUUCUAUUCGGCAUUGGGCUGAUCUUAGCGACCCAUCAGCCCAGUGUUGCCCAUCUCCAUCCGAUCGAUCUGCUCAUCCACGACUCCCAGCAGCAGCACAGCGCGUGGUUGGCCCGAGCCAAUAUCAGUGAGAGCCUAACGGAAGCUGUCCGACGUUACCGGGACAAGUAUCAGCAGCAUCCACCACCGGGCUUCGACAAGUGGUAUGAAUAUGCGACCAGCAGGAAAUCAGUCGUGCUGGACGAGUUUGAUCAAAUCCACGAAAAUCUUCUGCCGUUCCGCGCUCUAUCGCCGCAGCAAAUCCGGGAAGAGACGCAGUUGUUGAACACGAAUCCAUGGAACAGCAUCGGCGGGCUUCUCAUCCGCAACGGCACCGUCCGCAUUCAGGAUGGCAUCAAGCCCACCCACGCGUGGAUGGUGGGUGGCGCCAUUGAGAUUAUCCAGAAGUUCGUCGAGCACCUCCCCGACAUGGACAUCGCUUUCAACCUGGACGAUGAGCCGCGAGUGGCGGUCCCAUGGGAGAAGAUGAGGGUGUUCAAGGGAGUGGCGCGGUCGCGGGAUCUUCUCGCGAACCAAGACCCAUCGCGCGAAUGGUCCGCAGACCGUAGCGAGACCUGGCCUCCUAUCGAGCCAGCCGAUCAAUCGACGGACACGAGGUUUGUGGAGAGCUCCUUCAAAAACAUCUUCGAUCGCUACGUCAGCGUCCUCUGCCCCCCGUCCUCGAAAGCGCGUUCGCAGCGGAUCUGGGACCGAACCAGCACAUGUCUCGGCUGCGUCCGGCCGCACUCGCUGGGGCAGUUUCCCUCCAACUGGGAGGUGGCCACCGACAUCUGCCACCAGCCGGACCUCGCGUUCCUGCACGGAUUCAUCCAGUCCCCGGCCUCUUUCAAGGUCUCGCAGGAACUGAUCCCCGUCUUCAGCCAAAGCGCCCUCCACGGCUUCAGCGACAUCCUGUACCCCAGCCCCUGGAACUACGUCGACAAAGCCGUCUACAGCCCAUCAGAUGAGUUCCCUGACGAGCCAUACGAAGACAAAGAAAACCGCCUCUUCUGGAUCGGCGCAACCUCCGAAGGCACCAGCGCCAUGGGCCAAUGGAAAGGCAAACCGCGCCAACGCCUCGCCCACCUCGUCAACAACAACACCCUCAGCAAAGUCGCCGUGCUCCUCCCCACCGAAAUCGGCGCCGAACCCCCCACAUACUCCUACCAAGUCCUCGACGGCCGCGCGCCCCUCGACAUCCUCGGCCUCGAAGCCACCGUGCAACUCUCCCAAGUCGACCACUGCUCGGACGGCGACUGCGAAGAGCAAGUCGACGAGUUCCACCCAUCAGGCCACAUCGACUUCCAAGGCCACUGGGCCUACCGAUUCCUCUUCGACGCCGACGGCGCCGGCUUCAGCGGCCGCUUCCUCCCCUUCCUCCUCAGCCACAGCCUGCCGUUCCGCACGGGCCUCUUCCGCCAGUGGUUCGACUCGCGCCUCACAGCCUGGAUGCACUUCGUCCCUGUCGACCUGCGUCUGCACGGCCUGUGGAGCACGCUCGCUUACUUCGCCGGCGCGGACAUCACACUCGACGAAGACGGCUCCGUCAAGCGCAAGCUGCUGAUGGAGCCGCAUAGCUCGCGCGGGCGCUGGAUUGCGGAGUCGGGCCGCGAGUGGGCGCAGCAGGUGCUGCGGAAGGAGGAUAUGGAGAUUUAUUUCUUUAGGUUGUUGUUGGAGUGGGGGCGGUUGACGGAUGAUCGGAGGGAUGAGUUGGGGUUUAAAUUAUAG